AGAUUUAGUAUGAUGUUUUAUACAUAUGUGCCGGGUUUCAAACCCCCCCAGUGAUCAUCCCUCUGGCCUGAUACAGAAGCACACACAAACCAGGUAGAUUUCAUAUAUUUUUUGGUCAAAGUUGUGAUGACAGAGUAAAACCGGAAUUAGAAAUAGAGUGAUAAACGAAAUUAUUUUUUUUCGCCGCGGCGCUGCACACCACAAACAGGGUACGUUACAGUCAUGUACAAUAUCGGUCCAAAGUCUGAUAUAAAAUUGGAUGAUGAAUAUGUCAAUAGCUGUCGUUACCCUUCCUAUAUCUCAAUUCCCACCGCUGUGGGUUUUGUUUUGAAAGUCUUACCGGAAACACAAUUGACCAAAACCGCUGUUCGAAUACGGAGCGCGUUAUGACAGUUUUUCAGCCUUGAGUGUCUUCAUCAGCCAGAAAGGUCAACGCAAGUCCCCGAUUUUAAACACUUCAUGGUAAGCCCGUGGGUCUUUAUGUUUGUUUGUCGUGUUGGUUUUUGCUCUUCCUGGGAUAAAACAAAAGCAGGGAUAAAACUGUGGCAGGGAAGAGAAGAGAUGGAGAGAGAAAAAGACGGCAACGUCAAAAGUGCGCCCCGGAGCCAGAAGUCCUCCUCUCGGUUUUCGCAACAGGGAACCGUCCAGAGGAGGAAAAGGGAGGCCACGUGGAAAGAAAGUCCGAGCGGCGGCCAGCCAAGAGGAACACCGGCAGGUCACCGCGGCUCCGGUAAAGACGGGAGAGCAACGGGAAGACGUCCGGGGGGCAGCCCGGUGGCCGCAUGCCAGAGGAGCUCCGGCGCGCAGAGGAAACUCUCCGACGCCAGCAACACGUCCGAGGACCUGAGCAGAGACUCCGGCUGCUUGUCGGGGAAACCCUCCUCCGACAGCAGCUCGGAAAUAUCCGACUGUCCGUGGGAGGGCAACAAGCGCGACUCCCCCGUCAGCGACAAUGAAUUAAGCUGGAGUGACGCGGGGGCGUGCAGGAGGCCGCCGAGAGGAGGCAAAGACGACGCCGAAGAGCGCUCACGAGCGGCGGGGAACGCUCGCUCGCCCCUCCCGGAUGCUGCCGGGGGAGGCCUCGCGGUGUUGAACUCCUCGGAGGCGUUUAUGGAACUCGUGAUGGCAGAGACCGCCGAUGACCUGCUCAGGGAAGUGGAAGACCUGCGCUCGGAGAAUGAAUAUUUGAAGGAUGAGGUGGACGAGCUGCGCUGCGAGAUGUCGGAGAUGCGCGACGUGUUCCAGGAGGAGGAGACGCACCAGCUGCAGGAUCUGCGGCAGCUGCUGGAGCGGGCCAACAAAAGCUGCCGGAUCCUUCAGUACCGUCUCCGCAAGGCUGAGCGACGCAGCAUCAGAGUGGCCCAGACGGGCCUGGUGGACGGGGAGCUGGUCAGAACCCUUGAACAUGACAUCAAGGUCGCGAAGAGCGUGUCCCUGCGACUGUACAACGAGCUGGAGGCGGUGCAGAAGAAGAACGGCCAGUUGGACUGGGAGAAUGAGAUGUUGCGAGAGAAGAUCCAGGAGAUGGAGGUGGUCCGGCACGUCUUGGAGGCCGAGUUGGAGAAAGCCAGAGAGCACUUUUUAAAGCGGCGAAGCAGCAGAUCAGCAGCCGGCAAAACCGAGCGGAGGCUCUCGCAACAGAUUGAGGAUGACGGCGAUCUCAAGUGCCAGCUCCACUUCGCCAAAGAAGAGUUGGCCGUCAUGUGCAAGAAGCUCACCAAGUUGGUGUCGGAGAGCGACGCCACGCACGAGCAGCUGGCCAGGUACCGCGCGGCUUACGGCGACGUCGACGCCUCCCGUCCGCCCGAGGGCGGGCAAAAGUCCGCUUACGCCCGGGAGGCGGAGGUCAAGGUUCAUUUGAAACUGCUAGAAGAGGAAGCCAUGCUGCUGAGCCGCCGCAUCGUCGAGCUGGAGACGGAGAACCGCGGGCUGCGAGCGGAAAUCCACGACCUGAGAGAGAGAGAUGGCGGAGGGGGAGGCGAGGAAGAGGAGGAGGAGGAGGAGGAGAAGAAUCGUCUGUCACCUUCCGCUUUGGGGAAGGACAGAAAGGAAAGAGGCCCCACUCCGAAAACGACAAGUUCCGCCCACGACCAACGAGCAACCGUGGAGACGGAAGGGCAGCUUCCUUCUUGUCACGUCACAAGAGAAGGUCCCGUCGGGGGCGAGCGGGAACCGUCGGACGGCGUCGGCAACGAGUCCCCCGACCGCACCCCCGAAGGACUGACCGGGACAGAUCACGCAACUCUGGCGGCUCUCCGAGACCAUUGCUGCCUUUUGACGUCCGCCGUCCAGAUGGUUACGAGUCCACCCAAAAACGGCCUUGUCGCAUCCCCCUCCGGUGCGCUCGUCCCAGGGCCUUUGAAGGAGCCACUGGAGGUUCUCCAGGCCGUGCUGCGGGCUUUUCUCGUGAGGAUGGAGGUUCUACUCGGUGGCAAAAAUUCCCCUCGGCAGGAAGGUCAGGUUUGGGGUUCCUGCUUGUUCUCCGCGGAUCGGGACACAACCCAGCAGGAAUGCGCUCGAGUUGAUGCGGAUGAACCAGCAAAACAAACGUCCGAAUGGGACCCGAGGAUGAAACUUUCCAUGCAGAUUCUGUGGGUUCUGCAUCAGUGGUGUCAGGAUUCCAUCCCGGAAGGAAAAGAGGCUAAGGACAAACGCUUGAGCGUGUUGCGAGGUUUGCUGCAGCGCGUCGGCGCCGAGCUCAAGGAGGAAACACUCGACGGCCGGACCGUCGGCGUCCGGAACGAAGCGGCCGAGUGUGCCGUCCGUGGUGUCGUCACUGAUGAACGACAUCCCGACGCCGACAGAAUAUGCAACUCCAUUAGGAUGAAACUCAACCGGCAGCUUGCUCCACACGAGCACAGGCGGAAGAACUGGUGUUACCUAAGCCAGAAGGCUGCCCUGGUGGACCAGGAAGCGCGCGGCAAGACGUGGGACCAUCUGAUCAUGCCGUUUAGCUUCCCCGAUCUUGACUUUGAGCAGAUGUCGGUGGAGAGAAGCCACACUGCCCCAGAAAAGUCAGCCCUGCGCAUUUACUACAGCCCCCCGUCCAAGCGCAGAGUCCACCUUGCUCAGUUGAAGCAGAGUCCCGAAAGCGACAGAGAAUCUGUGGAAACGCAGUCUCCCUGGUGCACGCCGCCGACCUCCUUUUCAACACUUUGCGUGGGCUCUUCGGCCAACCUCAGCGACGACAUGAAGGAGAUGGCGGCGAGCUGCGCCGGCUUGCAGGUCGGCAGAACAAGAUCCGAGGGCCGGGGGGUGGGUGUGACCUGCUCCGCCACGCAAACUCACAUCAGGCCGCUGAUGGUGAGUGUUGGACUGCAGACGGAAGGACCCCAAGGCCCCGUGACUGCGAGAAACAGCCCCUCGCGGGCAGUCAACUCCUCUCUGAUCUCCUCCCACUCUCGCUGUGUUUCCACCUCACUAGACAGACUCACAAGUAGAACCGAGAAAUCCAGACUCUCGGCCUCUUCCCCUAAACUGUAUCGAAGUCAAUCCGCGUCUGGUGCCUCCUCUAAUUUGACCUCCUCAUCCGCAGCCAACGCUCGCCAUCGAACACUGUGGAAUCACCAAAGUCACCCUGGCCCAACGGGUCACAGAUCUUCUGCGGGACCGAACCUCAGCCCCCUUCAUAGUGAGCCUCUGGGUCAGAAUCUCAACCCCCAGAGCAAAUCAGCAGGGGGGUUGGUCACCGAGUUUCUCCGGCGAGUCAGCGGGCGAGCGGAAAGACCGGUCCCGGGGUCGGCCCAGAAGACGAACGGCGGCCUGGAGCGCGCCCCCGUGAGGGCUUCGUCGUCCUCGCUGCCGAGGAGCGACAGUGUGACCAGGAUCGUCAACCACAGGUUCAUGAAGCAGAGAGAGGAGGUCGGUCGACCCCCCGAUGAGGAGAAACGGAGGAGAAGCGGAAAUAACGCUGCCGCAUGUAGUCUGAGAUCCGCCGUGGCCGAGGACGGAAGUUACGAUUGCAGCUCCAGCAGCACGCUGACCUUCUGCUUUGCUCGUCCGUUUCGUUCGACUCCGAGGCAAACGUCCAACCAGAGCAAAGUCGCAAGACGCCCGACUGCGGAGUCCGACGGCGAAUGAGCGACGAUCACAGAGACCACAAGAUGGCGAUGAAGUGGUAAAAUUCUUGUGUGCGUGUUUAGAUGAACUGUUUGAUGGUUUUUUUUUUGUAAUAGUGCAAUUCUUUCUUUUUCUACUUAUUUCAUUCACCGUGACAGUUUGAACGACUGUACAGUGUUUGUCUGUCUUUAAUCAUACAUCAUUUUAACAUUCGAAGAAGCAUUUUGAAUCAACAUUAACAAAUAUUUUUAGCUGCCCCUCAUCUCAAUCAAUAGGUGAAACAUUUUCAGACGGGAACCUCACUCGAAUACCUUCAGUGCCAUUGACGACCGUAGAAGUCAAAUAUCCAUAUUGACUGGGAAGGCCGGCAGAAUCAGACGGCGUGUAAAGUAAAUACGGGAAGUCGUCGUGUUAAGACGGUCCCGACCUAAGACUUUUCGACUUUACAGCGCCCGUCCCCGUCCGCCAUUUUUGUCCGGCUAAUGCUUGUCCGUGUUUUUUGCGCCGGGAGUAUCUUAAGCAUUUUUUGCCCUCCUUUUGAGACAAGGGUUCUUACGUCGGACACAAUGAUCACAAAACAAGGUUCUUUGAGACUUGUCCAGAUGGAGAGGAUUGAGGACCAGGUUCCGUCGCAAUAUCUAAGCACCGCCUCCCCUUCUUCUUCUCCAUCCACCUCUCAGUAGUAAUGCUAACUACAUCAUCUUGUUUAUUUCAAUGUAUUUGUUUUUUUUUUUUUUCAUACGAGGUAUUUUGAUGUAAAUUCUGAAUUUAAUGGCGGAAUCCGACUUAAGCCGAAAUUCGAGUUCAGUCGCUACUGUAGGAACGGAUCUCGGUCGUAGACCAGGGACUCCAGGUACGGAAGAACCCAAUACCAGUUCCAUAAUGAAGUACGGAAGUUCCACGGCAAAUUACAGCGAUCCAUACGAGGGGUCUUCUUGUUCAAAGAAAUUCCCUCGUUCUGCUUUCUGGGAGUUUUGCUCCUUCUGUACCAAACAUUCAAACGCUGAAAGAUGAACGAUGAAGUGAGGACCACAAAAACAUUAAGUCAAAGUAGCGAAAGUUUCCCGUCGACCCUGCGUGUACAUUGUCUUGAAAUUCAGAAAGUCUUUCCUUCCCUUGCGUUACGUCUGUAAACUCUUGUCGUCCAAGUCUCAGACAGGACCAUCAAGGAUCUUUUAGCUUCAUCUGAAAUCAUUUUGCUACUUGAUCACUGACAUGUUAUUAAAACGUGAAAUCGCUUUGAUUGUUAACUUGUAUUUGAUGUAAUUUACAAAUAUACUUUUAAGACGUUCCCCCCCCCCCCCCCCACAAUGCAGCUGUCACAGUUACCAUUUCCUGUUUCUUUCUACCUCUCGCAGGAUUCUGCUAAACUUCUAAUUUAAGUGGCUGAAAAAGUUUGGACCAGUGGUGUCCUGUAAAGUCUUUUGCAAUGCUGGAUAUUUUUUCAUAUUAGCACAAAGUGCAC